GGCGAGCUGACGGCGUUCCUUCCGGACUUCCGGAGCCGUGCCUCGCCGCUGGCCGCCCCUCGCUCCAGCCGCCCGAGCGCUCUCUCCCCUCGGCCCCCAGCUCCCCCGCCGCGCCCGCCUACGAAUUACCGCAAGAUGGGCGGCGGGAGGAAGCGGCGCAGGCGCGACGGCUCGGACGCGCCGCCGGUGAUGCACCCGCGCAACCGCUACGCCGCCGCGGCGCCGGACUUUGCGGCGCUGGCGUCGCUCUACCCCUCCUUCGCCCCCUUCGUCACCGUCUCCGGCGGGGGCCGCGCGUCCGUCGACUUCACUGACUUCGCCGCCACGCGGGAGCUCACGCGCGUCCUCCUCCUCCACGACCACGGCGUCAACUGGUGGAUUCCGGAUGGACAGCUUUGUCCUACUGUUCCUAACAGAUCCAACUACAUCCAUUGGAUUGAGGAUCUUCUCUCUUCUGAUCUCAUACCACGAAUAUCCAACUCAAGUGAGACAGUGAGGGGUUUUGACAUAGGCACGGGUGCCAAUUGCAUCUACCCUCUCCUCGGAGCAUCGUUACUGGGCUGGAGCUUUGUUGGAUCUGAUGUGACUGAUGUUGCUUUUGAAUGGGCUAAGAGGAAUGUGGAGAGCAACCCACAUCUAGCAGGUCUAAUAGAGAUCAGAAAUGCAAAUGAAGCACUCUGUUCUUCGAAGUCUGAAACAGUUGUUGAGGAAGCUGUCAGGGAGAACACUUCAGAGCCAGUGGACAGUAUGGUGAGAUCAAUAGCACCUAUUUUUGUCGGUGUUGUGAAGGAUAGUGAGAGCUUUGACUUCUGUAUGUGCAAUCCACCUUUCUUUGAGAGUAUGGAGGAAGCUGGCCUUAACCCAAAAACUUCUUGUGCUGGAACUGCUGAAGAGAUGGCUUGCCCUGGUGGCGAGCAAGCCUUUAUAACACAUAUAAUUGAAGACAGUGUUUCCUUUAAGAACUCUUUCAGGUGGUUUACAUCGAUGGUUGGCAGAAAAGCAAAUCUAAAACUAUUAGUAUCCAAAGUCCGUGAAGCUGGGGCCUCAGUUGUGAAAACUACUGAGUUCGUGCAAGGACAAACAGCUAGAUGGGGCCUUGCAUGGUCGUUCAUUGCUCCAAGAAAAAAUGUUAUAAGAUCCAGUACACCCGGAAAAGUCCACCAUUCUUUCAUGCUUCAGGGUCUCCGGCGUGGAAAUGGUGCGUUUCAGGUGUUGAAGUCAGCUGAGGCCUUUUUCUGUGCAUCUAAUCUAUCAUGUAAAACCGAUUCUGUGUCAUUUUCUAUUGAUGUUACAUUGUCAGAUGGGCAGAUUCAGGCUGCAACAUUGGAUGGUGAUGACCUUCCUGGUUCUGUUGAAGACAACACUACGAAGCUGCAUAGCACUAUUACAGGAGCAUCCUUCCGUAUUUCGGUGUUUGAACAGAUGCCUGGCACACUGUUAAUCAAAGGCUCAUUAUUGAACAAGUCACUGUCAGGUACCUUCACAUCAUUGUUCUCCCAGCUGGAGGAGACGUUGAGGACGGAGUUCAUCAUCAAGGACCGAUAUGUGAAGCGUGGGCAUCACGAGACUUGACAGCAACGGCCCCGGCGGCCGGUGGCGGCCACGAGCAAAGCCGUCACCGAAGGCGGCCUGCACUACGCCCCGAUUCCAUCUUUCGCGCCGAUGCCUACCAGCAUGUUGUGUUGCUGUCAUGGCGCCCCGUCGCUCGUCCGAAUCUCGAAAGCGACUCCGGCGACGUCGACGACGCCCGCCCGUUCGAGAACCUCGCCUUUGCUCUUUUCCAGAUUCUGCACACACGAGAAACGAACCUCUCUUCUUUUGUUGGCGUGGGCGUGUGUCGGCGUCCGUCAUGCUUUUGGAGAUGCGCCGCGUCUGGCUCCGGUGGUUUGUUUGAGCUGCGCGGUGCAGGAUGGGAACUGCCAUUUUGCGGUUGACGUGUUUCAGAUACGCUUGUGCUAGCAGUCCGGCAGCCGAUUUUGACGGGCGCCUUCUGUUCAUCGGCUAUGCCAUAUAUCUUUCGGCCGCCCUUUGUUUUUUCUUAUCUA